AUGGAUCCUCCCGUCGUCGACAUCCACACCCACAUGUACCCGCCCUCAUACAUCAAACUCCUCUCCUCGCGCACAACAGUCCCUUACAUCCAUGAAACUCCCGACUCCGACCCACGACUCAUCAUCCUCGCCUCAGACGACGACCCAUCCCGCCCCAAAUCCCUCCGGGGCCGGCCCGUCGACAGCACAUACUCGUCCUUCGACCAGAAGCGGGCCUUUAUGCGCCGACACGGCAUCUCCUGUAGCGUCAUCAGCCUGGCAAAUCCCUGGCUCGACUUCCUCGACCCCGGGACGGCCCUGAAAACGGCGCAGGAAAUCAACGACGAUCUCGACGGGGCGUGUGCCGAGAACAAUGGGUCGUCAUCUCAUGAUGGCCUGAAACUCUACGCCUUCGGCUGUCUCCCUUUAUCCGCCCCAGCAAAGGACAUCGUAAGCGAAAUCCAUCGCUUGAAGUCGCUCCGCCACGUCAAGGGCGUCAUCAUGGGCACGACAGGUCUGGGAAAUGGCUUGGACGACCCGGCCUUGGAUGACGUCUACUCGGCCUUGUCCUCCACUGGGACGUUGGUCUUUUUACACCCGCAUUAUGGCCUGCCCGACUCCGCCUUUGGGGGCCCCGAGGUCGUCGCAAAGUCCGGCCAUGUCUUACCCCUGGCUUUGGGAUUCCCCCUGGAAACGACCAUCGCUGUCUCAAGGAUGUACCUCGCCGGCGUCUUCGACCGCCAUCCACAGCUGCAGUUCCUUCUGGCUCAUUCAGGUGGCACGUUGCCCUUCUUGGCGGGGAGAAUUGAAUCCUGUGUGGCGCACGAACGGGAAUUUGUCGCCAACGGCGGUCACAGGCAAGGUCCCAAGCGCUCAAUAUGGGAUGUGCUGCACUCCAACAUUUAUCUUGAUGCCGUUAUAUAUGGGCAGCCCGGGCUGAAAGCCGCCAUCGAGGCGGCAGGAAGCGUGGAUCGAGUAAUGUUUGGAACCGAUCAUCCAUUCUUCCCACCCCUGGGAGACGACAAGGAGGCAAAGUGGUUGAGCGUGGAGAGUAAUAAGGGGGCCAUUGACGGCUGCUUGCCAGAAGACGAGGUCGCAAAGAGGAAGAUAUUGGGUGAAAAUGCCAUCAGAGUGCUUGGUUUAGAUUUAUAA